GCAGCCCGGGCCGGGAGACUGACGGACCGCGCCCGGUGUCUCUUUGAGGCCCUGACGUGGACACACUUCGGGUUUCACGACUCCGGGUUUCUCCAGGGGAUGGGCCGGCCGGUGGAGGCGCGUGAGGGAGACGAAGGGACUUCCGUUUCCUUCACCUAGGCUGGGGCCAAGCCGCAGAGCGGAGUUGGCAUUUCCAGAUUGGGGCUCGGGCUGCGCCUCCUCCGGGACCCUCCCCUUGGACCGAGCCGAUCGCCGCGGGGCAGUUCGGGCCGGCUGUCCUGGCGCGAAAAGGUGGACAAGUCCUAUUUUCAAGAGAAGAUGACUUUUAACAGUUUUGAAGGAUCUAAAACUUGUGUACCUGCAGACAUCAAUAAGGAAGAAGAAUUUGUAGAAGAGUUUAAUAGAUUAAAAACUUUUGCUAAUUUUCCAAGUGGUAGUCCUGUUUCAGCAUCAACACUGGCACGAGCAGGGUUUCUUUAUACUGGUGAAGGAGAUACCGUGCGGUGCUUUAGUUGUCAUGCAGCUGUAGAUAGAUGGCAAUAUGGAGACUCAGCAGUUGGAAGACACAGGAAAGUAUCCCCAAAUUGCAGAUUUAUCAACGGCUUUUAUCUUGAAAAUAGUGCCACGCAGUCUACAAAUUCUGGUAUCCAGAAUGGUCAGUACAAAGUUGAAAACUAUCUGGGAAGCAGAAAUCAUUUUGCCUUAGACAGGCCUUCUGAGACACAUGCAGACUAUCUUUUGAGAACUGGGCAGGUUGUAGAUAUAUCAGACACCAUAUACCCAAGGAACCCUGCCAUGUAUAGUGAAGAAGCUAGAUUAAAGUCCUUUCAGAACUGGCCAGACUAUGCUCACCUAACCCCAAGAGAGUUAGCAAGUGCUGGACUCUACUACACAGGUAUUGGUGACCAAGUGCAGUGCUUUUGUUGUGGUGGAAAACUGAAAAAUUGGGAACCUUGUGAUCGUGCCUGGUCAGAACACAGGCGACACUUUCCUAAUUGCUUCUUUGUUUUGGGCCGGAAUCUUAAUAUUCGAAGUGAAUCUGAUGCUGUGAGUUCUGAUAGGAAUUUCCCAAAUUCAACAAAUCUUCCAAGAAAUCCAUCCAUGGCAGAUUAUGAAGCACGGAUCUUUACUUUUGGGACAUGGAUAUACUCAGUUAACAAGGAGCAGCUUGCAAGAGCUGGAUUUUAUGCUUUAGGUGAAGGUGAUAAAGUAAAGUGCUUUCACUGUGGAGGAGGGCUAACUGAUUGGAAGCCCACUGAAGACCCUUGGGAACAACAUGCUAAAUGGUAUCCAGGGUGUAAAUAUCUGUUAGAACAGAAGGGACAAGAAUAUAUAAACAAUAUUCAUUUAACUCAUUCACUUGAGGAGUGUCUGGUAAGAACUACUGAGAAAACACCAUCACUAACUAGAAGAAUUGAUGACACCAUCUUCCAAAAUCCUAUGGUACAAGAAGCUAUACGAAUGGGUUUCAGUUUCAAGGACAUUAAGAAAAUAAUGGAGGAAAAAAUUCAGAUAUCUGGGAGCAACUAUAAAUCACUUGAGGUUCUGAUUGCAGAUCUAGUGAAUGCUCAGAAAGACAGUACGCAAGAUGAGUCAAGUCAGACUUCAUUACAGAAAGAGAUUAGUACUGAAGAGCAGCUAAGGCGCCUGCAAGAGGAGAAGCUUUGCAAAAUCUGUAUGGAUAGAAAUAUUGCUAUCGUUUUUGUUCCUUGUGGACAUCUAGUCACUUGUAAACAAUGUGCUGAAGCAGUUGACAAGUGUCCCAUGUGCUACACAGUCAUUACUUUCAAGCAAAAAAUUUUUAUGUCUUAAUCUAACUCUAUAGUAGGCAUGUUAUGUUGUUCUUAUUACCCUGAUUGAAUGUGUGAUGUGAACUGACUUUAAGUAAUCAGGAUUGAAUUCCAUUAGCAUUUGCUACCAAGUAGGAAAAAAAAUGUACAUGGCAGUGUUUUAGUUGGCAAUAUAAUCUUUGAAUUUCUGGAUUUUUCAGGGUAUUAGCUGUAUUAUCCAUUUUUUUUACUGUUAUUUAAUUGAAACCAUAGACUAAGAGCAUCAUAUUAUAACUGAACACAAUGUGUAUUCAUAGUAUACUGAUUUAAUUUCUAAGUGUAAGUGAAUUAAUCAUCUGGAUUUUUUAUUCUUUUCAGAUAGGCUUAACAAAUGGAGCUUUCUGUAUAUAAAUGUGGAGAUUAGAGUUAAUCUCCCCAAUCACAUAAUUUGUUUUGUGUGAAAAAGGAAUAAAUUGUUCCACGCUGGUGGAAAGAUAGAGAUUGUUUUUAGAGGUUGGUUGUUGUGUUUUAGGAUUCUGUCCAUUUCCUUUUAAAAUUAUGAACACGUACUUGUGCGAAUUAUUUUUUUAAAGUGAUUUGCCAUUUUUGAAAGCGUAUUUAAUGAUAGAAUACUAUCGAGCCAACAUGUACUGACAUGGAAAGAUAUCAAAGAUAUGUUAAAUGUAAAAUGCAAGUGGCAAAACACUAUGUAUAGUCUGAGCCAAAUCAAAGUAUGUAUGUUUUUUGUAUGCAUAGAACAAAAGAUUUGGAAAGAUAUACACCAAACUGUUAAAUGUGGUUUCUCUUCGGGGAGGGGGGGAUUGGGGGAGGGGCCCCAGAGGGAUUUUAUAGGGGCCUUUUCACUUUCUAUUUUUUUCAUUUUGUUCUGUUCGAAUUUUUUAUAAGUAUGUAUUACUUUUGUAAUCAGAAUUUUUAGAAAGUAUUUUACUGAUUUAAAGGCUUAGGCAUGUUCAAACGCCUGCAAAACUACUUAUCACUCAGCUUUAGUUUUUCUAAUCCAAGAAGGCAGGACAGUUAACCUUUUUGGUGCCAAUGUGAAAUGUAAAUGAUUUUAUGUUUUUCCUGCUUUGUGGAUGAAAAAUAUUUCUGAGUGGUAGUUUUUUGACAGGUAGACCAUGUCUUCUUAUCUUGUUUCAAAAUAGUAUUUCUGAUUUUGUAAAAUGAAAUAUAAAAUAUGUCUCAGAUCUUCCAAUUAAUUAGUAAGGAUUCAUCCUUAAUCCUUGCUAGUUUAAGCCUGCCUAAGUCACUUUACUAAAAGAUCUUUGUUAACUCAGUAUUUUAAACAUCUGUCAGCUUAUGUAGGUAAAAGUAGAAGCAUGUUUGUACACUGCUUGUAGUUAUAGUGACAGCUUUCCAUGUUGAGAUUCUUAUAUCAUCUUGUAUCUUAAAAGUUUCAUGUGAGUUUUUACCCUUAGGAUGAUUAAGAUGUAUAUAGGACAAAAUGUUAAGUCUUUCCUCUACCUACAUUUGUUUUCUUGACUAGUAAUAGUAGUAGAUACUUCUGAAAUAAAUGUUCUCUCAAGAUCCUUAAAACCUCUUGGAAAUUAUAAAAAUAUUGGCAAGAAAAGAAGAAUAGUUGUUUAAAUAUUUUUUAAAAAACACUUGAAUAAGAAUCAGUAGGGUAUAAACUAGAAGUUUAAAAAUGCUUCAUAGAACGUCCAGGGUUUACAUUACAAGAUUCUCACAACGAACCUAUUGUAGAGGUGAGUAAGUCAUGUUACUACAGAGAAAAGUUUGAGAGUAAAACUGUAAAAAAUUAUGUUUUUGUUGUACUUUCUAAGAGAAAGAGUAUUGUUAUGUUCUCCUAACUUCUGUUGAUUACUACUUUAAGUGAUAUUCAUUUAAAACAUUGCAAAUUUAUUUUAUUUAUUUAAUUUUCUUUUUGAGAUGGAGUCUUGCUUGUCACCCAGGCUGGAGUGCAGUGGAGUGAUCUCUGCCCACUGCAACCUCCGCCUCCUGGGUUCCAGUGAUUCUCGUGCCUCAGCUUCCUGAGUAGCUGGAAUUACAGGCAGGUGCCACCAUGCCCGACUAAUUUUUUUUAUUUUUAGUAGAGAUGGGAUUUCACCAUGUUGGCCAGGCUGGUCUCAAACUCCUGACCUCAAGAGAUCCACCCGCCUUGCCCUCCCAAAGUGCUGGGAUUACAGGCUUGAGCCACCACGCCCGGCCAAAACAUUGCAAAUUUAAAUGAGAGUUUUAAAAAUUAAAUAAUGACUGCCCUGUUUCUGUUUUAGUAUGUAAAUCCUCAGUUCUUCACCUUUGCACUGUCUGCCACUUAGUUUGGUUAUAUAGUCAUUGACUUGAAUUUGAUCUGUAUAGUCUAGACUUUAAAUUUAAAGUGUUCUACAAGGGGAGAAAAGUGUUAAAAUUUUUAAAAUAUGUUUUCCAGGACACUUCACUUCUAAGUCAGGUAGGUAGUUCAAUCUGGUUGUUAGCCAAGGACUCAAGGACUGAAUUGUUUUAACAUAAGGCUUUUCCUGUUCUGGGAGCCGCACUUCAUUAAAAUUCUUCUAAAACUUGUAUGUUUAGAGUUAAGCAAGACUUUUUUUCUUCCUCUCCAUGAGUUGUGAAAUUUAAUGCACAACGCUGAUGUGGCUAACAAGUUUAUUUUAAGAAUUGUUUAGAAAUGCUGUUGCUUCAGGUUCUUAAAAUCACUCAGCACUCCAACUUCUAAUCAAAUUUUUGGAGACUUACCAGCAUUUGUCUGUGUUUGAACUAUAAAAAGCACUGGAUCUUUUCCAUCUAAUUCUGCAAAAAUUGAUCAUUUGCAAAGUCAAAACUAUAGCCAUAUCCAAAUCUUUUCCCCCUCCCAAGAGUUCUCAGUGUCUACAUGUAGACAUUCCUUUUCUGUAUAAAGUUCACUCUAGGAUUUCAAGUCACCACUUAUUUUACAUUUUAGUCAUGCAAAGAUUCAAGUUGUUUUGCAAUAAGUACUUAUCUUUAUUUGUAAUAAUUUAGUCUGCUGAUCAAAAGCAUUGUCUUAAUUUUUGAGAACUGGUUUUAGCAUUUACAAACUAAAUUCCAGUUAAUUAAUUAAUGGCUUUAUAUUGCCUUUCCUGCUACAUUUGUUUUUUUCCCCUGUCCCUUUGAUUACGGGCUAAGGUAGGGUAGAGUGGGUGUAGUGAGUGUAUAUAACGUGAUUUGGCCCUGUGUAUUAUGAUAUUUUGUUAUUUUUGUUGUUAUAUUAUUUACAUUUCAGUAGUUGUUUUUUGUGUUUCCAUUUUAGUGGAUAAAAUUUGUAUUUUGAACUAUGAAUGGAGACUACCACCCCAGCAUUAGUUUCACAUGAUAUACCCUUUAAACCCGAAUCAUUUCCUGAUUACACAGGUGUUGAAUGGGAAAAGGAGCUAGUAUAUCAGUAGGAUAUACUAUGGGAUGUAUAUAUAUCGUUGCCGUUAGAGAAAUGAAAUAAAAUGGGGCCGGGCGCAGUGGCUCACGCCUGUAAUCCCAGCACUUUGGGAGGCUGAGGCAGGUGGAUCACGAGGUCAGAUCGAGACCAUCCUGGCUAACACGGUGAAACCCCGUCUCUACUAAAAAACAGAAAAUUAGCCGGGCGUGGUGGCGGGCGCCUGUAGUCCCAGCUACUCAGGAGGCUGAGGCAGGAGAAUGGUGUGAACCCGGGAGGCAGAGCUUGCAGUGAGCCGAGAUUGCGCCACUGCACUCCAGCCUGGGCAACAGAGCAAGACUCUGUCUCAAAAAAAAAAAAAAAAGAGAAAUAAGAAAAUGGGAAGCAAUAUUUGACAUAGUUCUUUUUAGCCAAAUCUACUUGUUAAAAAAAGGGUAGCAGUUUAUUCAUCUGUGAAAGGAGAAUAAUACUUAUCUUACAAGGUUGCAAGAGCUCAAGGAGACCAUGUAUGUAAAGUUCCUGCUGUAAAUAUGAACUCCCAUCCUAACACCCUUUUACCUCUCUGUGGGUUUGUCUUGACCUGGAAAUUUGGGCUAAAACUUAGAAAAAAUUCUUACAUGAUAACUUAGUGAUGCUUACUCAUAGUUUUUGGUGUUUCUCAUAAUUAAGAUAUAAAUCGGCUGGGUGUGGUGGCUCAUGCCUGUAAUCCCAGCACUUUGGGAGGCCGAGGCGGGCGGAUCACCUGAGGUCGGGAGGUUGAGACCAGCCUGACCAACAUGGAGAAACCCCGUCUCUACUAAAAAUACAAAAUUAGCUGGG